GAAGCUAGUGCACCAUGUCAACUAUGCUCUCUUUAGCAACAUUGCAUCCUACCUAAGAUGCAUAAGAAAUAUUUUUUUUAAGUGUUUGCUAAAUGCAAAGCAAUGCAAACACCUGUAGGGAGAGAUAAUAAAGAACUGAACGCUUCCAGGAAUUCAUUUUCAAGUCAUCUGCUCUAGAAACUGGGAUUUAAAAUGCUGGACAUCACGUGGAAACAUUGUUUGUUCAUUUUUACCUUCGUUUUCAUGAUGGUAAAUUCUGACAUAAGAACAGUUGCAACACCUGGGAUAUUACCAGAUGGUUUAUCUUCCCAAAUUGGACUGGAUGAUACUCAAGAGACAGUUAGGUUUUUGUUGAGUCAGUCAGUUUUGCAAAAAGGCAUUCAGAUGGCACACUACCAGUCACAGAAUGAAGAGAAAGGCGGGAUUUCCCGGAGAAAACGCAAUGUGUUGUUUCCCAGUGGAGUUAAACUUUGUGCGCAAGAAACUGUGGAGCAAGCUAUUGCAAAUCACCUGGAUUACUUUCACCUGCGAGUGUGCCAGGAGACAGUGUGGGAGGCCUUCAAGAUCUUCUGGGACCGUCUGCCAGAGCGUAACGAGUACCAGGACUGGAUGACCAUGUGCCGAGAGGGCAGAGCCAGCACCCUCGAUAUAGGCACCAAUUUUAGCCAGUCCUCAGAACACAUGGCCCUGGUGCACAGGAGGAUGCCACUGUCUGGGUCAAAUAGGUAAGACUGUCCGUUUCCAGGUCUUUUUAAUAGAAGACACA